AUGGUUAGCAGCGAUCAUAGACUAAUUGAAUAUAAAUUAAAUGCAGGACAUCUGGCAAAAUAUUCAAAACCAGCUAAAAGAUACAAUAUCAAGAAAGCAGACUGGAACAGGUUUAAUGCCACACUUGAACAGGAAGUAGCAUGGUAUGAGAACGAGUUUUUGGCAGGUAAUAUAGACAAGAAAGUACAUAUCAUGCAGAAGGUAAUAGGAAAUGCAGCCAAGUUAGCUAUUCCAUGGGGACGAGAAAUUAAUAGACCGAAGCCGCCCUGGUGGGAUGAUAAGCUACAAGAAAUAAAAAGGAGAGUAAGGUCGGCAAAUAAGCUAUACGAGCGAAACAAAGUUGACAAUGAAAAUAUUUUCAAAGAAAGAUAUAAAAGAAUAAGGAAUGAGUACACCAAGGCCUUAAGGGAAAAGAAGAGAGUUUCAUGGAGAGUAUUUGCUACAUCCAUAAAUUAUGAUGAAUGGGGUAAGUGCUACAAAUGGUUGAAAACUGGGGGGAAACAAACUAAUGUGAUAACGACAAAGUUGAAGGCUGAUGGAACAUACACCAAGGAUGCGAAGGAUACAGUGACAUACAUGCUGGAGAGCAUGAUACCGACGGAGGAUGCAGGUUUGCCCAUAACCCUGGACGAAGAAGAAGAUACGUCUGUGGAAGAAGAAAUUGAUGAGGGCAUAAUUAAACAAGCAUUAUGGCGAAUAGGUACAAGAAAAGCACCAGGAGAGGAUGCAAUUAAUGCAGGUGUACUAAGACAAGCUUAG